CCGGUGAGUUCCCCCGCUGGAGGCUGGAGCUUCCGUACCCUGGGUCCCGGCGCAUCCCGGCUUGGAGAGCUGCCCUGUCCAAGACCAUGGACCCUGAGGUGUCCCUGCUGCUGCAGUGCCCUCCUGGGGGGCUGCCCCUGGAGCAGGUACGGGCUGAGUUGAGCCCAGCCCACGAUCGUCGCCCACUGCCAGGCGGGGACAAGGCCAUCACUGCUGUCUGGGAAACCCGGCUAGAGGCCCAACCCUGGCUCUUCAACGCCCCCAAAUUCCGCCUGCAUUCAGCCACCCUGGCACCCAUUGACUCGCCGGUGCCACAGCUGCUUCUGCGCCUGGGCCUUACUUCCUACCAAGACUUCCUGGGCACCAACUGGGCCAGCUCAGCUGCCUGGCUGCGACAGCAAGGGGCCAUUGACUGGGGUGACAAGCAAGCCUAUCUGGCAGACCCACUGGGUGUGGGUGCUGCACUAGCCACCGCUGAUGACUUCCUUGUCUUCCUGCGCCGCUCUUGGCAGGUGGCUGAGGCCCCUGGGCUGAUAGAUGUUCCUGGUGGGCACCCUGAGCCUCAGGCCCUGUGCCCUGGUGACAGCCCCCAGCACAAAGACCUCCCUGGGGAGCUGGUGGUACGUGAGGUCUUCUCCAGUAUCCUUCAGGAGAUCUGUGAUGAGGUGAACCUGCCGCUGUUCACACUGAGCCAGCCCCUGCUGUUGGGGAUCGCCUGCAAUGAGACCAGUGCCGGCCGAGCCAGUGCCGAGUUCUACGUCCAGUGCAGCCUGACUUCUGAACAGGUGAAGAAGCACUACCUGAGUGGGGGGCCCGAGGCCCACGAAUCUACAGGAAUCAUCUUUGUGGAGACUCAGAACGUACGGAGAUUGCAGGAGACCGAAAUGUGGGCUGAGCUCUGCCCCUCGGCCAAAGGCGCCAUCCUCCUCUACAACCGGGUCCAGGGAAGUCCCACCUGAGUUGCCUAGGGUCCCCAGCCCUGUCACCACAGUUCUGAAGACAAUAAAGGACUUUAUUCUUGGA